AUGAUCAAUACAAAUGUUUAGUUAUAAUAAUUCCAAAAGGAUGUAGUAUUAUAAAAUUUCAAUAUUUAUUUAACAAAGAAAUUGAAAUAAAUAUUUACUCUCAAAUAAUAGGUAAUCUAUAAUUUUAUUUGUUUAGAAUGAUUAUUAAGUAAAUCAAAAGAUAAAAGAGAUGAAUUUAAUCAAAAUUUAUAUCCACCUUUUAGCAUAAAUGAUUCUGUUAUUAUUAGGUGAUAGAAUCAUUGACUUUCCCUCUCAUGUUUUUGUUCUUCUCAAUCUGCAGACUGAUCCUCAUUUUAUAUAGAUGUUUCAGAGCAUCUAGUUAUCUGCUAAAUAGUCUCAUACACGAUGGACAAACCUAUCUACCAUGCCUCUACCUUCAUAUCUUUUUUCAUUCUUGAUUAUUUCCUCUUGCAACUAGUAAUCUUAUAUUUUAUCUUAGGAAGCUAAAAAAGGGAUGA